ACACUCUCACAAUUCAUUUUUUUAGAUGAACACAGACCAAGUACAUUUUAAAGGCAGGUACCUUUGAAUUAAUAAGACACUCCAGUAUAGAGUAAAUGCUGAUCAUGAAAGUGAGAAUUCUCUUUAAUUUUUAAUUUAUGCUUGUUAUGUCAUUUACUUUAGUUUAUAACUGAACAUUUAUUUUAGACAACAUUAAUGGAUGAUAAACUUAAUGUAACAUAUAUAACUCUUGAUGGGCAUGUGGAAGUGGGCAAAUACAGAUAUCUUUAUUUUUUGGUUAUGCUUACAGUAUAUAUUCUAAUAAUCUGCUGUAGUUUCACCAUUGUGGGCCUUAUCUGGAGGCACAACAACCUCCAUGAGCCUAUGUACAUUUUCAUUGCAGCUUUGCUUCUGAAUUCUGUUGUUUUCAGCACUGCUAUGUACCCAAAGUUGUUAAUUGACUUUUUAUCCGAAAAACAGAUGAUAUCAUAUUCAGCCUGUCUCUAUCAAUUUUUCCUAUUUUACUCCUUAAGUGGCUCAGAGUUCUUACUGUUGGCAGCCAUGGCCUAUGACAGGUAUGUGUCUAUAUGUAAACCUCUGCAAUAUCCAACUAUCAUGACAAAAACUACAGUGAGUAUUUUCCUGGCUUUAGCUUGGCUUGUGCCUGCUUGUCAGACCGCAUUACCAUCAUUACUGAGUGCUGAUAUGGAACUGUGUAAAUUCACUUUAAAAGGAAUUUUUUGUAACAAUUCAAUUUACAGUCUCCACUGUGUGACUUCAAAAGCAAUAUCUAUAUUUGGUGUUUUUGCUAUAAUUGACGUUGGGCUUUUGCCUUUGCUCUUCAUACUUUUUACAUACACCAGGAUACUUGUAAUAUCUUAUCGAAGUUGUAGAAAUGUCAGAAAGAAAGCUGCACAGACCUGUUUACCCCACCUGUUGGUUUUAAUCAGCUUUUCCUGUUUGUGUGCAUAUGAUAUCAUUAUAGUUCGACUGGGAUCAGAUUUUCCAAAAUCUGCACGUUUAAUAAUGACUUUACAAGCACUUUUGUAUCAUCCUCUCUUCAAUCCAAUUAUUUAUGGACUAAAAAUGAAAGAAAUCUCUAAACAUCUGAAGAGGUUGUUCUGUCAAACCAAAGUGAUUUAACAUAUUAAAAGUGAUGUUACAGUAAUUGUGACAUAGGUACGCAAAUGUAUUGUCAUUUAUUUUGUAAUAAUACCACUUUUAUCAAAUAACUUUUAUUCCACAGCAGAAUAUUACAUUUGGCGGUAUGGCUCUGUUCUGGGACCUCCUAGCCUUAAGGCAGGGAGAGCACACCUCCCUGCCCUUCCAUGUGCCUACAUGUAAAGGUUUAAGACAAGGAGAGGGGCAGCAGAGACCCCCCAGGGUACAGAACAGAGCAAGCAUCAAUAGCAAUCAGAAAAUGACAUUGAUUAAUUAGAUACAAUAUAAAAAGGAGGAGCCGGGAUUGAGGUGGGUUGCAAAACAGCUUGUAGAGGAAGCAGCAAAGAUGGGCAGGCUAAAGCAGCUUAAAUAAGGUGCCAUGAAUGAUAUUUGCCAAUUGGAUGCUUGAGGGAAUCAGCUGAGCUGUCAGCUGACUGUGUAUGGUUUUCCAAUAGGAGGCUUCAGAGGAAUCAGCUGAGCCAUCAGCUGAUGUGUGUUUACGACUAGCUGUGAUCACAUGAUAUAGCUGGAAUUGAGAGCCAAACCUGACUUGUGGCCUGCCUGAACUAACGCUAUGCUUAAUUUUUCAUACCUGUUAAUUAAAAGUUAUAGAUAGUAAUAUAAAUCCCAUUAAAAUAAUUUUGUCCCAAAGUUUCUCCCAGUUUUUUACCAUAUCUUCUGAAACAGGCCGGGCUGGAUUUGAGACUGUUGUUAAUGCAGGCAUAUGAAGCCCAUUGACAUCAUUUAAUUACUUUCUCAGUUAUCCCUGAAUAAGAUCUCAUUUUUUCUUUCUUACUUGUUGUUCUAACUUUUGUUUUAAAUGUAUUUACUAAGCUGAAGAGUGAGGUUAUUAUGUUCACUGUAAUACGUGACAUAUGGGGGCGCCCGGAUAUCACACCUGAUAGAACUGGGGCUACUUGUACCAACUCUGAGACCUUGUUGCAACAGCCAGGGUUUUAAUCCGACCUGUUUCCCUUUGCUGCAUGUCAUCCCCUCUCUCUGUCACUCUUCAGCUGACACUAUUGAUAAAAGGCUGCAGCACUAUAACAUCACACAGUCACUGACAAGCACUUUCAAUAAAAAUUCAAUAAAAAAGGUUUAUUUUAAAAAAAGAAAAGAAUAGUCUAUUAAUGUAUACUACUCAUUCUAGAGAAAGUUUUGGCAUUGCACCAGGUGUCUACCAGCUGUAGCUGUGUCUAUCACAGAUGCGACCAUAGUUAGGCUGUCAGUUUACAUGUGCAUGUCAGUCAGUCAGUUGUGCUUCUGUGUAUAAAGAAGUAUUACAAAGGAGCAUUGCUGAUAUUAGGGCUGUCACUUAUCCCAAAAAUCACCUUUAAAGUAAUUUUGAAUGACACACAACAGACACUAAAGGAUAAGACAUACUCUCUUACCACACCAAUAGGCCGCAUAUCGGCACAUCCUAGCCUAUAGAUCUUGCUAUCAUAUCGGUGUUGGCAUUUUUACAAGCCUCUGGUGAGCGGCCUGCUGAAGCUAAGUGUUCUCAAUAGUAGCAGUCAGACGAUGCCGGCUGCCUCACUUCGGUACCAAGCUAACGUUAGCAAGACAGUGUACAGAUUUGUGGUUAUUGUAGAGUUAGACAGCUGAAGUCGACAGAAGCUGCUCAGGAUGGCUUCGCUCCAUGCUUUCCUUGCUUGUAUCUUCCAUUUUCGUAGUAAACAACAUGACAUUACCAGCUUAGUUUACUGACAGGUCAACAGGGCAUGCCAUAGGUGAUAGUUGAGUGCCCUCUGCAGGAUCAUAAGGCAGAGUACUUCAAACGGUCUGUUGUGCUUAUAGAUGCUACAUUUGAAAUCCAAACCUUUUAAAAAUGAACCACAAUUGAACACAUUUUUAAUUUAGAAUAAAAAGCAGCAUCCCUAACUAACAUUUGUGUUAUUUCUUUUGCUUACUGAUAAUAUGGCAGUAUUUGAGUGCAUUAAGUGUUACAGUAAGAACUAGGCCAAUGAGCCACUGUUGAAGUUUUCAUUUUUGGAUGUGAAACAUAUCUGCUUAAUUAAAAGAUGUUUAUGUACUAAAUAAAUAAAUGAAGUUUACUUUUUUUUUAAAUAA